GGGGAGCCCUAGAGCAAGGCUUCCUGGCCGGGCAAGAGGAGGAGGACGUCUCUGCCUUCUCCUCCUCCGCGGGGCCCUUGUCAAGCCGGGGCCAUGAACGCCGAGGGCUGCGUUGCCUUUUGCGACCCAGCUGCCGCCGCUGCCAUGGAUUCCUUCUACAACGCCGCCCCAUCGCAGGGCAGCGCCGACGGCUCCUCGCCUUUUAGGGCAUUUCCCGGCGGCGGCGGAGGAGGAGGGGGAGGGGGAGGCGGCGGAGGAGGCAGCAGCGACAAGUUCAGCCCCACUUUCCUGGCCGGCAAAGGGCAAAGCUUCGGCGACGGGGGCAACAGCAGCCACAACAACGGAGGCGGUGGCGGGAGCCCCAAGUGCCGGAGUCGGUACAGCCAGGCGGAGUGUCCGCAGCCCCUCGACGGACAGCAGCAGCCCCAGCCGCUCUCGGCCGCUGCCUUCAGCAAGUACCACCCGCAGCCCCAGCCCCCGCCGCCGCCGCUCUACGGGCAGAGGAGCGCCUGCAAAAGCCCCGCCGGAGCCGGACUCAAGCUCCUGGAGCCCGGCGGACGCAACGGCGCCCUCCCGCUCUCCUGCUACGCCAAAGAGAGUUCCUUGGGAGAAACGGAGCUACAGCCCGGCUCGGAUCCUGCUGGUAUGGAUGGCAGUUACCUCACCGUGAAAGAGACAGGAGUGAAGGUACCUCAAGAGAGGGCAAGCAACGACCUUCCCAGCCCAAUGGACAAGACUGACUCAGAGAGCAACAAAGGCAAGAAGAGGCGGAACCGCACAACCUUCACCAGCUAUCAACUGGAAGAGCUGGAAAAGGUCUUCCAGAAGACUCAUUACCCAGAUGUCUAUGCCAGAGAGCAACUAGCCAUGAGGACAGACCUCACUGAGGCACGAGUACAGGUGUGGUUUCAGAACCGACGGGCAAAAUGGAGGAAACGGGAGCGGUUUGGUCAAAUGCAACAGGUUCGCACCCACUUCUCCACAGCCUACGAGCUGCCCUUGCUAACUAGAGCAGAGAACUAUGCCCAGAUCCAGAAUCCAUCUUGGAUUGGCAACAAUGGUGCUGCCUCCCCUGUGCCUGCCUGUGUCGUGCCCUGUGACUCAGUGCCUUCCUGCAUGUCUCCUCAUGCUCAUCCCCACACAACUGGAGGAGUCUCUGAAUUCCUGAGUGUCUCAGGUCCCGGCGCCCAUGUGGGGCAGACUCACAUGGGCAGCCUCUUUGGCAGCGCAGGCAUCAGCCCUGGCAUCAACGGGUAUGACCUGAAUGGCGAACCUGACCGCAAGUCCUCCAGCAUUGCAGCCCUGCGGAUGAAAGCCAAGGAGCACAGUGCUGCCAUCUCAUGGGCGACAUGACAGGGCUGCAGUCGAUGCCCUCAAGACACUUGACAGAGGAAACAGAGGACGGUCAAACCAUCCAUCCACUCUUGGACUUGAGGCAGCCAGUGCUCCUCCUCAGAGGUCUGAAUGCAGCACUUUUAGCUACCAUGGGUGUAAUUGCAUUGAGUAUAUUGCCAUAUUGGAGUGUUUUAACUUUUUUUGUUCCCUACACAAGAAUAGACACAUGGAAGGAAAUAGAGGAUGUUUCAGUUGCACCAUGCAAAUGUGCUUUUUCGUUUGUUCACAUGGCAUGCUCCCCUUUUGGUGACGUCCUCUUAAUUUCCCAUGAAAAGGACAUUCAUCCCUCCUACUUUCUCUGACACCAGGGGUGCUUCCAGAUAAGGGCUUCUAUCAUGCACUUGUCCUUUAAAAAAUAACAGAACUGUCCAGAAGAUGUUUUCUUCCACUUAUAAUGCUCUCUGGUCUGUUCCCAUUGCUGUCUCCCUCUUUUUUGUUUAUCAUAGUAAAGGAGAGAAACAAAAUCUAGCCACCCAAGUCUCCAGGGAUCCUGAAACUGUUUUGAAGGCCCCUCAACAUUUGCAGGCAAACUAUUAAUUUGCCCACUUAUGGUACUUGCAAGAGAAAGGCAAAAUACUUUCCCAACUGUAGUAAUUGAAACAUCCUUAUAUAUGAAAACCCAUACAGGCACAAUACGUACUUAGAUGCAUACUGUGUAACUCACUCCAAAAUAAGACUGCAUAUUACAGAUUGCAAACAACUUUAUUAUUUGUGGGAAAGCUGAACGACAAUCACUGCCUUAUAAUUCUGCGUGCUUGAUCAUUUCAUUCACUUCUGAUUGAUAAUGCCUGAGGAGAUCAUGAAAACAGGAUUCUUCAUGUCCAUUUUUUAUAGAUUAUUCAGGGGGAGGGGAGCUCAAUCCCCCUUAUCUAAACCUAGUAGGACUUUAACCCUACACUGACCUAAUUCCAGGAUCUGCAGGACCCCAAAGAGUCCUUUGAUUGUGUAGCACUACAAACUGAUUUUCUGGACAUGCUCCAAAUUUUAUCUCUAAAAGGUAUGACCCCCUUAUCACAAUUUCUGGUUGAUUGGCUCUCACUUGAAUUAUAUCCAAUCCCAUAUAUUCCAAUGAGACAUAUAAGUUUAUGAUGCCCAGCAAUAGAAAAAUAUGGUUGCUAUCACUGUCGUUGGUUAGUACCAGAGUGAGUUGGUGUGUGGGUGUGUGUUGAGUGUGAGGUAUGCUGAUUCAGCACACAGGAUACCAGGCAACGGCACAAUAGAGUUUGUCGGGUAUUAGAGAUUAUCCCACACUUUAAUGUCCAACUGAGCUGAGUAAAAGAUGCAGCAGCUGCCCCACUUUUUAUUUCUCCCCUUUCCUGAAAUCUGUCUUUCCCCAACUUGCUGUAAUAAGGACUCCAAGGGUGCCACACAACAAGCAAGGCUUGAGUUAAACAAACAGGAAAGGCCUAGGUUGUGUCACCUCCGCAGUCAGCAGAGAUUGCAAAGGUACAUGUUGAAGAUUAACAACCUUGCUUUUCUCAUCCCAUUAGCAAACUAAGGACUAGCACAAUGGCAAAAUCGAAAAGAGCACAUUUUGUGGAAUCUCCUUGGUACCAAUUCCUUGUAAUAGCUCUCCUUGCUGUCACAACACUAAUUCUGGCCAAAUCCUAUAUAUAUUUUUGGCACAGAAUAAAUGUACUGCAAUGUAAUUAGUGCUUGAUCCCACCGUCUGUGAAAAGGUACCUUGAUCUUAUCCAUGAUGCAACACACAUUUAGCCCCCAACCAAGUCCAAAAUGAGAGAAGAGGUUGCAUGUGCAUUGUGAAAUAACUGGCUGCACUAUACCUAUCCCAUGUAUUCCAGUGAGACACAUAGGUUUAUGAUGCAGUUAGGCCAUCUCUGAGAAAGCUCAACCACUUGUGGAACAAUUUUUACAUUAGCAUAGUUCCCCAGCAAAAAUACAGCCAUUUAUUUAGUCUCGUGGUCAGCUGUAAGAACUAUCAUCAAUUACAUGCAUCCUAACUGAAGCUUGAAUGAAGAAGAAUGCUAAGAGAAUUACAUAGAAGCAAUAGAAGUGAAAAGCAUUCUCCCAUUUUCUUGCAUGUGUGGUAUACUGAGCUCUAAAGAAGACCAAGGCAUACAAUUUUGUCCUCCUUUUUAUUAUUUAAAGUACAAGCCAGAAACAGAAGAUUUUUGCCAGAACAAAAAGUCUUUGAAUAGAGAAAGUACAGACACACCACUACUGCCAGCAACCUAGCUCAAAACAUGCCUUUGUGUCUCCUUCAGAUAGUUUCUUUCUGAAACCUGGAUUCCCCCCAAAGAAAUUGAGGCUGUCAUAGCCCUUUCCUGGAAGCUCGUAGCUAUGAGUUAAUGGUGAAUUGCUUUGCUUUCAGCCUAGAGCUUUUGGAAGAUCCGUACUAGCCUCUUGUUGUUCCCAUUCAUUGAGGUAAUGUCAAUUUUCCAGCUUCUCAUGUUGCUUCUUUUAAAGAUGGCUCAAAGAGGAUUUGGUGCAAGUCAGCUGGAAGUACUGUAUGUCCAACUUGGGAUGAAUUAUAACAAUGUCUGGGUUUUGCACAAAUCCACAUCCAAGAGAAGAGAGGCUGAAUAUGCUUUAAACUGCUCCUCUGGUUCUUAAGAGUUGUUUAUUAGAUUGGUAGCAACUAGUGCCAGAUUUAACAUUGUGCUUAGGUGUACUUAAGCACAGGGCCCAUCUUCCUGGCAAAAAGAGUUUUUAACAAUGGAUUUUGCUUAUGUUGUGCAUUUCUAAAUUUGAAGGUGUUCUGUUCCGGAGUGAUUCCAGACAUAAUGAUGGAGUCUAUGGGUGUGUGUACCACAAAGCAGGCAGUGUUGGCUUACCGGGCCUUUUUCCUUCAGGGCCUAAAUCAGGGGCCUCAAAACUUAACUAGGGGCCCGUCCAGGCAGGCCCUAUAUCCCAGGAUUUGAUUCCAGGUUUUCUGCUUUAAACUGGGUUAUAUGAAUCUGCACUGCCAGAUAAUCUGGGAUAAACAGAAAACCUGGGAUCAGAUCCUGAAAUAUAGGGCUUGUCUGGAAGGACCCUAGCAAGGGCCUCAUUUGUUUUAAAUCUGGCACUGGUAGUGACUAGUGUCCUUAUGCUUUGCAAUUCACACAGACUCCAUGGAGUUCAAAGCAGAAGCAAGACUAGACUCAAUCAUACAUGGAGAGGGAGCUGCGAGUAGGGGUAUCCACUUCACACAUACAAGGAUACCUGCCUUCCAGUUCACUAUUGGCAAAAGAUAGUUAUACUCUCACAGUGUGGAAGGAGAAUGAUGCAGCCAUAAAGUCAAAUAGCAAACUCGCAGCAAUGAACCCAAAGGAAGAAAACACAGCAGAGAAUAUGAAAGGAAAAGCAAAGAGAAGGAAAAAAUGGGAAACAUUCUGUUUCUGACACAGAGGCAGAAGUAGAAGGAGUGGUAAGGGGAGACAUAUUCUCCUUCCCCCAGUUUCCAGUCUUUAGGAGCAUCUGUAGUUCUGAUCAGUUCGCAUUUAAUGUUGUGCUAAUAGAUGUGCCUUUGGUAUAUUGAAGAGAAAGAUUGCAAACACUUUCCUGUAAGGAUAAAAAUAUGGUUUCUGUUGCUUGCUCGAAGAUUGAUGCCCAUGCACUAUCAAACGCAAGCCUGUGAAAAUUGUACAGCCCCAUUAUACAACCAUUCUUGUCACAAUGGUCAGUGCUAGCUGCAGAAAGUAAUAGCUUCCCCACCACUCUUAUAAAAGUUUAAGCACCUUUAAGCUUCAUUGAUUUCUGUGAAAGCCCUCAGCUCAGCAUCAAACAGUUUUGUUUGGCUCAAGUUCUAAUAUGCAAGGUCAAAAUCAAGGAAAAUACAAAACCUUUCUGUUAAAAGUGCUACUUUCAGAGAAGACAUUUAAAUUUCUUCAUAAGGAAAGUAACUACCCUGCAUUUGUUGUUCUCUCUACAUUAAUUGUUGGGGCAAGGGGCGGGGGAGUGUUGUUUACUCACCCGCCUAUCUCCUUUAAGUUACAAAAUCAAUUUUAAUUCUCAGGCAGUAGAAUCCUAACACCCAUGAGUGGACAUUGCUGAGCUGUAAAAUAAAAAUUAAAGGUUAUCUUGGAGCAUGAUAGCUAGAUUUUUCAUGCAAGAAAUAGUGUGUGUGUGUGUGUGUGUGCGUGCGUGUCAGUGCAUAAGUAACAUUAUCCAUGCCUAACCAUGUUUUUGUGUUCCUAAGCGUGCAUAUCUAGAAGAAUACAUUUUGUGUGUACUGGCAUGAACAUAUGUUUACCAUAUAAACAGCUAAGUUUGCCAUCUCUUGGGCUCAGGAGGGGAUUUCUGGUGCCGGCUAAGUAUGAGCACUGUCCAUACAUUCUGUCCAAUAUUCCAUAUUCACCUAGAAACCAAAUAGUAAGUUUUUCAUGCUUCUGUUAGCUCUCCAUGCUAAACUAGUAACCCCUUAAACUAUUGUGUGGCUGCACCAUGCAUUUUUAGAAGUGCAUUGCUGUAUAACAAAAACAAGACAUAAUUGUGUUUUAGAAUAGCCAAACAGCUUUGCAAAUUGUCUGCACUGUGCAUGCAGUAGUGUACAGUGUACAGUGGAUCUAUAUCCUUAGGGAUACUUGAGAAGCAUUGGGCAAAAUUGUGUUCAGAGUGGACUCUGCAGAAAACUGGACUCUGCCAAUGUCUGUCUGUCAUUUGCUUAAGUAAGCUAAAGAAACCUUGUAUUUCAGUGGGUCACCGUCUAUUUACAAAGUCAACAACAAUGUAUUUCAGAAGAGGUUUCAGGAUGGUUGCGGUAGCAUUCUGACCAAUGUAAGCCCAUUAAUAAAAUCAAGGCAAUGUGUAUAAAGUCCUUUAAAGGGCAACAUUAUCCCAAAAAUGAAACAUUGUGUCCCAAAGAAGAGCUGUUGUCAAAACCAACAGCCUUCUGUUAAUCAUUCAUCCAUAUUUUCACUAAUAGGCGUAAAUAAUGCUCCCUUCUCCUUUGACAUUAUUGGUGAGGAUGUUGGUAAAAAUGCUACAGGAAGAGGAUGAAACAUUCAAAACAGUGGUGCCAUCUUGCUAGUAACCAAAUAACGGCCAAGGCUUAUCUGAAGGUGGCAGAACCCUUAAUACAUAUCUGGAGGUCCACACAUGAGAGAGGAAGGAUAAGGGUGGCUUAAAGGCAGUGACUUAAAGGAAUUUCCCUGCUGUAACCCUGUGGGAAAUGAGCAGCCACUUAGGUUGGGCAGAGUUGCAUCCAGCCAUUGAGCAAGCGGCACACUGUUGUAUAUGGCAGUACUGACUAACUCUUUACACAAUGCCAGGAAAAAAGGUUGCUUUGCUAUUAUAAAGGUACAGGAGGAGGCUGGACACAGUAUUUAAUUCCAUCAUACCCCCAAAUACAUACAUACAUACAUUACAUUACAUACAUCCUAAAAAAUAGAUCUCCAGUGAAGCAGCUCAGCAUAUGAACUGGUGCUGUCUUAACAUUUCUUAAUAUUUAUUCUGUUUUGGUUUUCAUAAUAAUAGUACAGUAGACUCUCAGUUAAUCAGAACUCAAGCAACGGGUAAAAAAAAAACACCCCAAAAUUGCAUGCUGCAUUCACAGAGCAGUUUUUAUAAUACAGUAAAACUGUGUUUAUAUUGUUAAUUUUGUCUUUAUUUACUUAUAAUUACUGUAUUUCAAUUUCCGUAUUGUCAAUACAGAGUUUAUGGCAUGGUAUAGUAUGAGGUAUAGUAUUAUUUAGAUCUGAUUUCAAGCAACCAGAAACUACAUUUAUCUGGUAUCUAGUAUCUACCAAUCUUCAUGGGUGCUGGUUAACUGAGAGAUUACUGUAUUAGGACUAUAUUGGUUUGGACUUUGUCUUAUGAUCAACAUAGCCUUCCCAGCUUUUACACUUAGUAUCAAUAGUGUAUUUCCACUUCCUCCCUCCACAAAAUGAAUUUCUGACCAUAACAAUGCAGAAUACGCUCUAUAUACUACUGCUUUUUGGGCACGGCAUCCCUCUAUCCUUCUAGUGUGGUGCUGGUAUGACUGAUCCUUGUCUCAGAGUGCACCAGGAUUUCACAGUAUGUUGCAAAACACUUUGAAAACAAACAACAGCAAAAAAGGUAGUUUCCUGGAAAUGGCUUGAAAAAAUAAUCAAGCAGACCCAGUCGCUCAGGAUUCUGUUUAUUUUGCUGCUUUGAUUGACACAGCAAAAAAGCAAACAUGUAGAAUUAAAAAAAAAAAAGCCCAACAGGAACCAGGGCAGAGUUAAGCUGAGCAGAUGAAAGCUUUUGGACUGCUUUCAACUUCAUGGAUGGUGUUGUGACGAAGACAAAGUCUGACCCUUUCCCGCUACCCUGGUCUUUAACAGCAAGUUUGCGGUAAUGUAUUACCCGGCCUUUCUUCCAUAGACAAUGCUAGGACUUUUAUACUACUGAUGUUGAAGGACAGUUUCCAAUGUAUAAUAAUAUAUCCGUUUUUUAGGUGUGCAGUGUUUGAGAGCAAGUGUGGGAGAAAGAUUGCAAAAUAAGAAAAAAAAGCAAACCUCAGUCAAUAUUAUUGUUGUAAAAUAUUGUAACCUUGUAUAAAUGCAACGUUUUCCCUUUAGCUUUAUGUCCUGGGGCAGAAUAUAUUAAAAUAUAAAUUCAAAAAAUGUUCAAAAAAUAAAACAAUGGAGUGUGGGGGGAUGCAUUAAAAUUGCAGUGUGAGGUUGUGCCAUACAAUUUUACUGCCUAUACAGAUAUGUAUUGCAAAUUCAUUACAUUGUAAUAUUAAAAAAAAGAACAAA